UUGGCCAUUGUCAUGACUGUGUAAAGUUGUGGUUUUUUAAAGAAAUGUUGUUUAAAUUCUGUUUGCAUGUUAAAUCAGAAAAAAGAAAAAGUUCACAAUGCAAGAGAGGAAACAAUUAUCUAGAGAACAGACAGCUGUCCUAAAUGUUCCACAGUUCCACAACAGUUUAAACAACCUCUCUGAAGCAAAUAAAACAAAGUGGCUUUUCGGCUGUUUCUGCAAUAAUCUUGAUCAUCCUACGUCCAACGGUGCAGGAAAGCUCAGAGACUCUGACGCCAACAUGAUCUUGCUGUUAUUCUUGUUUGGUCUGACUCUGGGUGCUGAGUCUCCUUUGGAUAAACAUAAAGUGAAGCUACAGCGGGGAAAUUGUCCUGCGUUCUGGUUCAGCUUCAGUGGCCGCUGCUACAAGUAUGUUGCCACACAUUUGACCUGGGCUGAUGCAGAACUCCACUGUGUGUCAGAGGGAGCCAAUCUGGUGUCUAUCCACAGUCUGGAAGAAGAGGAUUUUGUCAAAUCCCUGAUCAUGAACUUUGACCACGCUGAAGGAUACACCUGGCUCGGACUCAGUGACAAACAGAAGGAAGGAGGAUGGAUGUGGUCUGAUGGUUGUGCAGUGAAGUUUGGCUUCUGGAAUCCAGGAGAGCCAAAUAAUGAGGAAAAUGAAGACUGUGUACACAAUAACCUCGGCAAUAAUAAGAAAUGGAAUGAUCGACCUUGUUCUGAUACUUAUGCCUCUGUUUGUGCAUCUCGCAUAGACUGUCCUUAGCAACUGAUGUUUAUGUUGAAUUCAACCAGUUGACUUUCCACCUGUUGCUCUGUAGAAAUGUUUUGAGCGUCCACAAUAAAGAUACAAAUGUACAACUUAA